CUCAUCCAUAGUGGCGAAAGGGGUCCGCGUAAAGGAGGGGGCUGGAGCUUUUACAAACCAACACGAGCGACCCAAGUCCUUCAGUCCCGGGCCGUGCGCGCGUGCGAACGCAUCGUGUUGUUAUUGAGGGAAAGCUGGGCACAGGAAACCCGCAGUCUCCAAUGGUUCUGCUAUCUGUCAUCCAUGCGCAGAACCCAAACCCAGCAGCCCCGCACCUGCUAACCGAGACCACCGGGAUAUAAGAGAUAUUAACACGCGAAUGGAUGGGACAAACGCUGGAAAACGAGUUCUGGGGAAAGCAUGCGUGCUGAAAACAUUUAAGCAUUUAUUGCGUUGAGAGCACUUUGUUCUGACCUCGAACGCACGGUCAUGUCUGACACCUGACAAAUCCUGCGUCCAUCUGCAACUUUCCGAAGUUCCCCUCUCCUCGGCUGGACUCACCUUACAUCUUCGUUUCUUUCAGUUGUUCUGUGUGUGAGAAAGACGAGACGGCGACUUCAGUUGAUUACCUGCCUUUUCUCUGUUAUCCGAUGGAUAUUCACUGUAAGGUAGACCCCUUCUCCGCCAUGCACCGGCACGGGGGAGUGAACCAGCUGGGCGGGAUGUUCGUGAACGGAAGGCCUUUACCUGACGUUGUGCGCCAGAGAAUCGUGGAGCUCGCGCAUCAAGGGGUCCGACCCUGUGACAUCUCCAGACAGCUGAGGGUCAGUCACGGCUGCGUCAGCAAGAUCCUGGGCAGAUAUUAUGAGACUGGCAGCAUAAAGCCUGGAGUCAUCGGAGGAUCCAAACCUAAAGUGGCCACGCCGAAGGUGGUGGAUAAAAUAGCGGACUAUAAGCGCCAGAAUCCCACCAUGUUCGCCUGGGAGAUCCGGGACAGGCUGCUGGCGGAUGGCAUCUGUGAUAACGACACCGUCCCCAGCGUCUCCUCCAUAAACAGACGCUGCAAGGACGCAGCGGUGACAUCAGCGGUGGCAGGAAUGAUGGGAGACUUCAGAUCUGCUUGUCAAAUACCCACUCCACCUCAAGGACCCUCAGGGGAGCUGUCCAAACAGAGCGCCUGCUCGGAAGCAUGCAGCUUUAACAGGGGGGGGAAACACAUGGCUAAGUCAAGCAUCACUAUUACUAUUGCUCAGAGACUUGAGGAUGCAGUUUUGGCUGACGGUUCUGAGGGUUCUGCGCAGAGCAGUGAUUCUCAGGGCAGCGUGGAGAGCCUGAGAAAACAUCUGCGAGCCGAUGCCUUCACACAGCAGCAGUUAGAGGCCCUGGACCGAGUGUUCGAGAGGCCGGCGUUCCCAGACGUCUUUCCCACUUCUGAACACAUCAAACCGGAGCAGGUGAAUGUCACCUUCUAUGGAUCUGAGGGUUCAGCGCAGAGCAGUGAUUCUCAGGGCAGCGUGGAGAGCCUGAGGAAACAUCUGCGAGCCGAUGCCUUCACGCAGCAGCAGUUAGAGGCCCUGGACCGGGUGUUCGAGAGGCCGGCAUUCCCAGACGUCUUUCCCACUUCUGAACACAUCAAACCAGAGCAGGCGACUGAAUACAGCCUCCCUGCAUUAAACGCAGGCCUGGAUGAAGUCAAACCCAGUUUAUCCUCCGGCACGACCUCUGACCUGGGCGUCAGCGUGUCACAGAGCUACCCCGUAGCUGUCAGUCAAACGGAGCGUUACUUCAGCGUGCCAGAUGACGGGAUUCGGGGAGGGGAGAGAGAACAGACCGAGAGAAAGCUGCCAGCUGAUUGGCUCUCAUCAGGACGAUUAAAGGGGAAUUGGACAGCUGGAAGGCAGCUGAGUGUGACAGGUGUCCUUUACCUGGAGCAGGUGGGUGGAGACGGCGCACCUGAUUACAGACGCAUCCACCUCUUUAUGGGCUUUAUCGCUGAGAGGAAGAACAUUUUACCGGUUCAUUUUACAUUGAACAAUGUCAUCUGA